UGGGUUCACUUGUAGUAUCUGUGCAUACAUUUGAAAUGUGAACAUUUAUUCUAAUGCCACAGCUUGCUUCUAUUUGAAUCCUGUUGAACUUGUUGGUCAGAGCAUAUUGUCUGCAAGAACAGCAGAAUUCAGAAUUGCAUUCAGCUGUGUUCCUUGGAGACUGGUUGCUUUCUUAAACUAAUCUGCUUUUUAAUUUUUUUUCCUGAAGACCCAGUUGGGUUUGAAGAUUAUGGACCAGACUGUGAUAGCAUGAGGAUAACGGCAUUCUUGGAUAUUCCUGGACAGGAUAACUUAACUCCACUGGCUCGUCUAGAAAAAUAUGCCUUCAGUGAUAACAUAUUUAACAGGCAAAUUAUUGCCAGAGGUCUUUUGGAUGUCUUUCGAGAUUUCAGUAAUAAUGAAGAAGACUUCCUGACUGUAAUGGAAAUAGUGGUCAGGCUCUCUGAAGAUGCAGAACCAACUGUGCGUACAGAGUUGAUGGAACAAAUACCUCCUAUUGCCAUUUUUCUGCAAGAAAGUCGACCAAAAUUCCCAACAGCAUUUUUUGAAUACCUUAUGCCCAUAGUAGUGAGAUACCUCACAGAUGUUAACAAUCAGGUUAGAAAGGCAGGUCAAGAAGCACUGCUUAUACUGCUAGAACAAGAUCUUGUUGCUCAGAGUGACAUUGAAAAUAAAGUGUGUCCAAUUCUGUUGGACCUCUCUGCUCCUGACAGUGAUGAUGAGUACAAGGUGGAAGCUGUGAAUAUAAUAUGUAAAAUGGCUUCUAUGUUGAGCAGAUCAACAGUUGAACACAUGCUGCUUCCUCGUUUCUGUGAACUGUGCAGUGAUGGGAAGUUGUUUCAAGUCCGAAAGAUUUGUGCAGCUAAUUUUGGUGACAUUUGUAAUGCAGUUGGGCAAGAAGCUACAGAAAGACUGCUGAUUCCCAAGUUCUUUGAACUCUGUUCUGAUAGUGUUUGGGGAAUGAGAAAAGCUUGUGCUGAAUGCUUUAUGGCAGUGUCUUAUACCACAUCCCCAGAAGUUCGCAGAAGCAAACUGUCCCCGCUGUUUAUCAGUCUCAUUAGUGACAGUUGCAGAUGGGUUCGUCAGGCUGCUUUUCAGUCUCUUGGCCCAUUUAUUUCUACCUUUGCAAACCCUUCAAGUGCUGGUCUUUACAUUCGUGAAGAUGGGACACUGAGUAUCCGACCAUCGAUGCAAGACGUGAAUUCCAAUUCCUGUCAGCCAAGCCACAAUAUAACUUUAAUGUCCUCCAGUACAAACACUAUGUUGUCCAGUUCAGAACAACCAAUGGAAAUCAAACCAGAAUCGUCAACUGAGGAGACUUCAGCUGAAGUUAAUACGAAGCUCUCGGUUGAGAACCUAAACAAAGAUACAUGGGAAGAAAGUUCAGAUUGUUGUACCAGUCCUGGAGAAGAUGCGUCUCAGUUGUCUCAGGGUGACAGAGUUGCUGCUGGUGUCAUAGAAGUCACCAAGGACAGCAGUUUUCCUGGAACAAGCUCAAGGCUACAGUCUGCUGAGGAUGUAUUUAAUACUUUUCUAUACUGGCGCCCUCCUCUGCCUGAUAUAAGUCAGGAUCUGGAGUUGCUUCAAUUCAAAACUGAAAAGCACAAAGAUAACUGCUCUGUGCCAUGUAAUAACUGUGUUGCUAGUAGUGAAAUAAAAAAAGUUCUAGAAAGUUUACAGGAGCACAUAGAUGAUCCCGAUGUUCAAGCUCAGGUCCAAGUGUUGUCUGCUGCUCUCAGAGCUGCUCAGUUUGAUUCUGUUGGUGACUAUGAGACCAGAAAAAUGGAAGAAAGCAGUGGCAAACUUCAGAACAAAACUGUUUCAGAUGAAACAGCUGUUUCAGAUGCUACCUGCAGCCAGGUGGAGGAAGACAGUCUCUCAUCCCCUGCCUCCCAGGAUAACAUCAGUGACCAAUGUACCACCAGUAUACUGAAAAGCACAGACUCAGAGGAACAACAGAGAGGAACCAGUGUAUUUUUAAAGAAAGAGCAAGAAAACAAUCCACCAUUUGAAGAUGACAAGUCAAAAUUACAGGAUAUCAUACCUCAACCUUUAUUAGACCAGUACCUGUCAAUGACUGACCCAGCUCGAGCCCAGACUGUUGAUACUGAGAUAGCCAAGCACUGUGCCUAUAGCCUUCCUGGGGUGGCCUUAACCCUGGGCAGGCAGAACUGGCACUGCUUGAAAGACACAUAUGAGACGCUGGCCUCAGAUGUACAGUGGAAGGUACGUCGGACACUAGCUUUCUCCAUACAUGAACUCGCAGUUAUUCUGGGGGAUCAGCUAACAGCUGCUGAUCUGGUGCCAAUUUUCAAUGGAUUCUUGAAAGAUCUGGAUGAAGUGCGUAUUGGUGUCCUUAAACAUCUAUAUGACUUUCUGAAGUUACUUCAUGCAGACAAAAGGCGAGAGUAUCUUUACCAACUUCAGGAAUUUGUGGUGACUGAUAACAGCAGGAACUGGAGGUUCCGUUACGAGCUGGCAGAGCAGCUGAUCCUGAUACUGGAACUCUACAAUCCCAAUGACGUCUAUGACUACUUAAGACACAUUGCACUAACACUCUGCUCCGAUAAAGUUUCAGAAGUUCGGUGGAUCUCCUUCAAACUGGUUGUAGCAAUUCUACAGAAGUUCUACGCAAACAAUGCAAAUGCACUGGGAUUAAAUUUCAUUAAUGAACUUGUUGUGAGGUUUCGUCACUGUUCCAAGUGGGUUGGAAGACAAGCUUUUGCCUUCAUUUGUCAGGCUGUAGUAGAAGAAGAAUGUAUGCCUGUCGACCAGUUUGUUGAACAUCUACUCCCCAGUCUCUUAAGCCUUGCUUCAGAUCCUGUGCCGAACGUCAGGGUUCUGCUCGCCAAGGCUCUUCGGCAGACCUUGCUGGAGAAAGCUUAUUUUAAAAGCGUUGGCAAUCCUCAUCUAGAAGCUGCAGAAGAGACCAUUCUAGCCCUGCAAUCAGACAGAGAUCAAGAUGUGUCCUUCUUUGCCACCAUAAAACUGAAACAGGGUAACAUGGACAAUACUACCAUUGAAAAACAAAACUGAUGUGGUGUUCUGCAGUAAACACCAACAUCAAAAUGGUUAUUCACCUUGUGUUUGCGGUUGGUAUGAAUAAUGUGGACAAAUAAGGAGGUUUCUGUUACCUGGAAAGGGUCUAUUGAGAAAUGUUAUGAUCUUCAUGACCACGUUUCAUCUACAGCUGUGUGUCUGAUAUGCAUGAGUAAUUCCUUUUGUUUUUUUUUCUAUGUAAAUGUGGGUGACAACUCUGAUCUCGCCUGCAGUUAAGUAUUGUAUGUCUUACGCCAUACUCAGUGUUUCAGUUCAUAUUUCAUUUUUUAGCAAAACAUUUCCAGUAAUAAAGCAGUCUUCUAUAAGCUUAAAAUGGUUUUAAAAUCUUAAAACCUGAUUAUAGCAGACUUACACAAAGAUAUUCUUCCCUCACUACUUUGUGAGGAAAGAAAUUGUAGGGUUUUUCUAUUGUUUCAAGUAUUGAAUUUUAACUAAAAAAAUAUGUAUAUAUGUGAAUAGUUUUGAAUUUUAACAAAAAACAAUGAAGAACUUAAUUCUGUAUCAGUGGGAAAAAGCUCAAAAGUAAUUUCAUUUUGCGAAGUAGUUACUUUGCCAGAAUUAAGGCAUGGUUUAUUUUGACUUAAUGUGAUAUUUUUCAAAGCACAGAGGGCUUAAGAUUCUUUGUAUAUUGUGACUUCCUUACAGGUGUUAACUGUCUCUUUAUUUGUUACUGCUGGCUCUCAAGAGUGGUAGGUAAGCUGUAAAUUUACCAAACUCAAAAUCGCUCAUUCUUCCCUAGCAAAGUUCACUUCAUUUAAGGGAUUUGGUUCCUGCGACACGUGCUGUAUCUGUAGAAGGGUAUUACAGAAUUUAUGAACAUAAGUUAUUGUUUGUUUUACAUACACACAUUAUUUAAACACCUUUUGACCAGUGUUAAAAUCCCAAGCAACCUGCUAUUCUGUUCCUAAGAAACAAAGGACCUCUAAAGUCUGAAAAACCCCAAAUAACAGAUGUUUAGGGAAAGGUGGUGAUGCAGUUUGCUCUAACUUCUGUUGAUUGUAUGGUAACAGUUGGAGUAAACAAAUCAAGGUUACUGAGGUGCUUAAGUAGGAUGCCUCCUGUGUAUUUAAACAGGUCUUUUAGAAGAAAGAACAUACAGGUAGAACAAAUUUCUGUUAAUAAAAUCAGAUGGCUUCUGAAGUUUGAAAAAUUACAAAGCUAACACUUUUUGUUUGUUCUCUUGUGUUCCAAAUCCGCAGAUAACAUGCAGCCUGGGAAAAAGUCGUUUGGUUUGUUUUUUUUUGAUUGUGGAUUGGAACUUUGUCCUGUUCAAAAACUAAAGUUUAAAUACUGAAGAAAUGGUUUCAUGUAGUAACAGUUACUUUCUCUCUGUGAA